AUUUCUGCUGAUGCCGAUUUUGCCUCACUGCCAUUGUAUUCUUCUGUCUCUUCUCCUUCUUCUGCGUUACUCGCUUCCACUGUGUCAUCUUCUUCUGCGCAGAGAAGCCUUCUUCACAAACAACCAUCCCAAAUGCCUUUAAAGAAUGAGCGUAACGCUUAUUCAAAUUCAAAUAAAACUCCUGCCAAAUUAAGCUUAAAAGCUUUAACCAAAAAAGAGCACCAAAGAAUACAUGUGGCCCACAAGCUGCAACACAAAGAAGUCAAGACACAUAGGGAAAGUCAACACAAGCCAAGAUCCCAUACCAGGGAUAGCUACUCGCACUCACACGAGGAGGAAAGAGUCAAGCAUGUAGUUCGAACGCGUCGCGAAACUGAAGAAUCAGAGAGUAGGCAAAGUGCCGAAGAUCAUUCAAUUGUUGCCCUCGAAGAAGGGAGUGUCUCAACAACAACGGGGAAUUUUGAGGGCACUACUCCAUCAAGGGUUAGCAUUGUGGAGCAACCUAGAGUUUUGUAUUUAAAUCAAACUUUAGUGACAAGUUCUUUAACCUCGACACCAUCUACUUCGCCACUACCAUCAACAGCUCAGAGCUUGCUACCCUCACCGGCUCCUUUGAAAUCAAAACGCUCUCACACAAAUGUGCGCGUACCGGUUGAGGUUUUAAAUACCCCCAAAGAAGCCAUGGUUAUUAUAGAUGAGGUCGAGGAGUAUGAAGGUGCAGCAGAGCGUCAACAUGAAUAUGCCCAAAUGGGUGUCAUAGGUGGACCUGAUGAUAAAAGUGAUGAGUAUUCACAUGACGAAGAGCCCCGAAUGUUACCGCUACGACCGAUUUUGCCAAAUCCCUAUGAUGCCGAAGAAAUGUCGGUAGUUUAUGCAGAGCAACAUUCCGAGAUACGGCUGAUGUGUGAGGUUGAUUUAGACAUAGCCUCAAGUAUGUGGUACAAAAAUGGUCAGGUUGUACAUGCCAUGGACCGAACCACCCGAGUGACUGAUUAUCGUUUCAUUAAGGAGGCAAAUGGUGCUUUAACCAUAACCAAUGUUAUGCUCGAAGAUGAUGGCAAAUGGCAGUGUGAGGCUGAGAAUACCAGGCAUUAUACGGAAAAUGCCAGACCGGUUAAAUUGGUGGUUUUAGAUCGGCCCAAACCACCCUACUUACUAAUCGACGGUCGUCGGCUGGAUGCUGGAAAUAUAUUUGUACCCGUCAAAGAGAACUCGGAAUUGAAUUUGGCUUGUGUCAGUGAAGGUGGUAAUCCUAGACCCACACUCACAUGGGAAGUUCUGUUAAGUCCUGGUGUAGAUCGACAUGCUCAAAAGGUUUCAGCUGAAGUCUUGGAACUGGAAGAAAUAAAAAAUGAAAAGGAUAAAAAUUCAUACAAAAUUAAUAGCGGUGCCAAAAGUGAAGCUCGUCUGCCUGCCGUUUUCCGGGCUCAUCAUAAUGCACGCAUUCUAUGCGUUAUGGAGCAUCCCACAUUGAAAAUUCGACAAAACGCUUCGCUGCUAUUGGAUGUUCAAUAUACACCCUCCUUUGCCAUAUCACGUACCCCAGGUUUCGGUUAUCCCUUGCGUGAAGGCAUUGAGGUAUCAUUGAAGUGCGAUGUCGACUCGAACCCACCAAGUACACCACGUUGGCAGAAGGAUGAUGGUGAACCACCGGUCCCUCAAACUGGUGAUGGUUUCCUUAAUUUUACCUCCAUCAGACGAGAACAUUCUGGCUGGUACAAGUGUACAUCGCGACAUUUAAACUAUCAAUAUUCAUCGAUUGGUUAUUAUCUAAGCGUAAGAUAUGAUUCUGUGGAUGUUACCUCCGAACCUGAUGACCAGGAUAUCUCGGUUGCCGCAGCCUCACAUAACCCCAAUAAGGGACAACUAGAAGUUCAGUUAGGUGGAGCUGUGACACUCCAAUGCCCUCAAGGUUCCUUGGGCUGUUGGUCCCAUUUGGAUCCGGUGACUGCACGUUUAAGAGGUUUAGGUCAUGGCCUGUCUUUGCCCACAGGGCAGGUCUCGCUCAAAGAUGUGGUCUAUCAAGAUGCCGGCACCUACAAAUGUAUCGGCCAAUCGCCCCAGAACAAAAAGAAAUUGGAAGUUUUACAAACUGUUGGCGUCACUGUAAAAGGCCAUCCCACUGUUGUAGCACGCAAUACCACACCAGUUGCUUAUCCUGGCUCACCUUUACAUCUCUCAGUUGAAUUUUGUGCCAAUCCACCGGCGCAUGCAGCACGUUGGCUGCAUGGUGAUCGGGUAUAUACACCGGGUAACCAAUAUGGCAACACUGUGUUGGCUUAUGGAUUUACGGACUUACCCACCCCCUUUUGCAAAGAAGCCCGCCUAACAUAUGUCAGCAUGCAUGAACGAGUUCCUCGUACUUUUUACUUCAUAGUCUCUUCACCAGGUGGUGUAGCGGAAGCUGUUAUAAAAGUGAAUUUCACCCUACGCUAUCGUUCGCUCUCCAAUGUCAUUGACGAGGAGGAAGAGGAGCUAAGCGAACCGGAAGAAAUACAUUUUCCGGUUUUCGGUUCUUCCGCCAAUGCAAUGGAGCUAAGCCAAAACUUUUUGUGGUUAAUAGCCCUGUUAUGGUUAAGAUAUAAAUUUUAAAGGAAAUCAUUAGACAACAACAACAAUGAAAUUGUGUUUGUAAUUGUAAUAAUUUUUGUAAAAAUUUUGGUUUUUCUAUUCAUUAUGUUUAAAUGCCCUAACCCUUUUAUAUAUAUAUAUAUAUA